GGUGGGCCUGGAAAGCAGGAAGGAGGAGGGGACGUUCUUGGAGAGUCAAUGAGAAGGUUCGGCGCUGCGGACCGAAGAGCUGAUUGUUGUCCUCCGACACGCUCCAGCUGAGCUUUAGGGAGCCGACGGUGCUUCGGCAGCUGCUGCCGCUGUCGCCUUCGUAACCCCCACCACUUAAGCCUGAGGUAGGCUGAAGAACCGACGCCGGAGAUUUGCUGGUGCAGACGCAGCCCGAAGGACUCCUCGUCCAUGACAGGAAGCUAAACGGAGCACUCCAGGAUGAUGCUGGGGUCCGAGCGUGGAGUCGUGGAAGAAUGGCUGUCAGAAUUCAAGGUGUUACCUGAAUCUCAGAUUUCCAGCUAUGCUGCAACGCUUCAUCACAAGAAGUCUCUAGUUCCUGCCCUGUAUAAAAUCAUCCAGGACCCAAAUAGUGAGGUAAGAAUUGGAGGUCCGCUCUGGUGUCGGCUUGACAGGUGCGGAAAAGAAAGUGGAAAACUCAUCUACAAAAAAGUGCCUCGUGUUUCCUUUAUAUCUUCAGUCACUCUAGAUGUGACACGGAGACAUGUCUCCAAAGCAACACGUGCAGCUGAAGCUCCCUACGCCAAGCGUGGCAGCAUGAUUAAAGGUUAUAUGGCAUGUUUCAAGCUAUGGGAUUCUCCUCAGGGAUUGAUAAAGGACCUCAAAUCAACUCAACAUCAAAACUCGCUGCAGAUGCUAUUUUGUUUUGCCCAGAUCUUCCCAGGACGUUACACCUCGUGCUGCUGUCCUGAACUCCCACUCUCAUUCUUACAGGUGGCAAAUGCCAUGAAGAGCUCCCUCCCAGCUGAUGCUCCUGAUGGCUGCCAAGGGAGGAAGGUUCUUCAGGUGGAAGUGACCCCCACCGUGACUCGAAUCUCCCGCACUGCCAUAACUACUGCAUCCAUCCGACGGCACAGAUGGAAGAGGGAAGAUUGCUUUGACUUCUCAAACGAAGCAGACACGAGCAACCCCUGCACCCCGGUCCGUCACACCUUCUUGGAGCCAGCGACCAAUCAAGAGAGAUCGAACGAGGGGCCCGCGGUGCAGCCCGUCAGCCUGCCAGCCACACCAGAGGGUAGGCCAGAGACGAGGCGGCAGAGGACAGUGAGGGAGCUACAAGAUGGGCCACAGACCCCCAGCAGAGACCCGAUCCACUCUAAUGCAGAAGGCAUGAGUGGAGAGGGGUCAGUCGCCCUGAAUGACCCUGACGAGGGAUUUUCGUCCGGAGCCUCUAACAACAGCCAACUUAGUAGUGCCCGGCCGCCCGGCUCUUCACAGAAGGGAAGCAUGAAAAAGGUUUCUGUGGGUCGCAGUGCCAAAGAGAAGGAGCUUCUUUAUGCCCCAGUGUCCCCCAAGCUCAGUGACCCGUCCAUGGAGGCCCUCCCGGUCCCUCCCCCCAUGUCCAGCAUCUCCUUAGAAGCGAUUGAGUUGUCGCCGAUGAAGAAACACCUCAGUUUACCAGCCAGCCAGACCCUCAUCAGGACUGCCAGCGCCACUUCGAGCAAAUCCUUUGACUACAUGAAUGGCAGCCAGAGUGGCGGCGACAACGAGGGCAUCACCAACCUGACAGCCAGCAGCACUCAUCGGUAUUCCACCAUCAGCCUGCAGGAGGAUCGACUAGUCAGGGCUGGUGAGGGCAAGGAUGUGCUGUCCGCCGGGGCGCCCUUAACGAAGCAGUCUCGCUCCCCAAGUUUCAAUAUGCAAAUCAUAUCCCAGGUGUGAUGCGCCGGGGUGAGCGAGAAGGUGGUCCGCCGACCGGAACAGCUCUGCUGUGGACAUGGUGCUCGCUGCCCACUCUCCACUUUCCACUCCCCCCUGUCCCACCUACCCACCCACCCACUCAGAAGGAGUUCACACAGAAGGUACUCGGACUUUGGCGGCUAGAAACUCUUAAGGGAGAAGAAGGUGCCAAGAUGGCUGGUUGUGGAUGAGAGCCGGCAGCAGUCAGGGAGCUGCUCAUUCUCGGGUCUUGUGCCGUCUUGUGUCGGAGUCGCCUUUUUGUGUUUGGACUAAGCAGUACAUUCUCUAUGUAUUGUGUGGGCACCAGAGCUCUCCUGUAACCCAUAGUCGUGGAAAACGUGAUUGUUGUGGGUCUGAUGUGAUCUUAUCCCAAGAAUCAUAGAGCACGCGUGUGUCACGCACACAUACUGCAUAUUGUGUGGAAUCAGCAAUAAGACAGCCGUCGUACACUAAGGCCGUGUGAUUUGCUCAUGGAGCCGCUGUACAAAUGUCACUUUGAAUUCCGGCUUUUUCUUUAGGGUGAUGUGCAAUCAGUUUCUAUUGGUCUCUUUGAUUUUUUUU